AUGGGAUUCUCACUCAGCACAUGGAUUUUCUUGGCCGCCGUCCUCGGCCUGCUGUUUCGAUCACUGUAUCUACAUGUCUCUUCACCGCUCUCAAGAGUGCCCGGUCCCUUCAUUGCCAGGUUCAGCCGAUGGUGGCUUGCCUACCACGGCUGGCGAGGAGACUUCCACCAGCUCUUGACAAGCCUGCACGAGCGAUAUGGAGAGGUCGUCCGGAUCGGGCCUAACGAAGUCAUCACCAUUUCUCCAGACGCGGUCAAGAAGAUAUACGGCGCCGGUUCUCAAUUUCGAAAGAGCGAAUGGUAUCUUCCUCAACAAGGCGAGCGGAAGUUCGACCUAUUUGCCGAGAGAGACAUCAUCGUUCACCGCAAUCACCGCCGACUCGUGAACAAUGCUUACGCCACCAGUUCGUUAAUGGAGUUGGAGCCAUACAUGGACAGUGCCAUUGCGUAUUUCAUGACGACCCUGCACCAUGUCCAAGGCCAGCGCAUCGACUUUGGCCUUUGGCUCCAGCUGUUCGCUUUCGACGUUAUCGGCGAAGUGACCUUCUCCCAGCGCUUCGGCCUGAUGGACGCCGGGCGGGAAUCCGAAGCACUCAAGCAGAUCAAAAAGGUGCUUAGGUCGACAUCGUGGGUGGGCCAAGUGCCCUACGUCUACAAACUGCACCAGGUCUUACGCCCGAUCAUCGGCAACCGCCUGGCCCUCACAGCACGCAACGGGAGUCUCCGCCAAUUCGCCAUGGACCAAGUCCAGUCCCGGAUUCUACGCGGAAGUGACCACCGCGACAUGCUGGGCCGGUUCGUCGAGAUCAACAAGGCCAAGCCGCUCGAGUUCGACGAGGCCGCCCUCAUCUCCAUGACGGCCAGCAACAUCGCUGCCGGCAGCGACACCACGGCCAUCUCUCUCCGGUCGAUGAUCUAUUACCUGCUCAAGAACCCCGGAUGCCUGUCGAAGCUUGUCACCGAGAUCGACGCGGUAACAGCGACAGAAGGAACAUCCCGCCGUACUGUGGUGACAUACGAGCAGGCCAACAGGAUGCCGUAUCUCCAGGCCGUCAUGAACGAGGCUCUGCGCAUACACUCCAUCGUAGGCCACAGCAUGCAGCGAGUCGUGCCUAGCGACGGGAUUCAAAUUGCCGAAUACUACAUUCCCAGCGGUACCAUAAUAGGAACAAGCCCCUACGUCCUAGGUCGGUCCGAAGCCAUCUAUGGGCAUGACGCGAAGACCUUUCGUCCCGAAAGGUGGCUCGAAGAUGGAGACAAAUAUGACCUUUGGUCGGGCUACCUUGCAUUUGGAGGCGCUUCGAGGCUUUGUAUCGGCAAAAACAUCAGCUGGAUGGAAAUGUCCAAAGUACUUGCGACUCUGCUGCGGAACUUUGUGAUUGAAUUCGCCGACGCGGACACCGAUUGGCAAGAGAUUUGCUAUGUGUUCGUGCACCAGACCGGGCUGAAUGUUAGGCUGCGUCCCCGAGAGCUUACCAAGUAGGGGGGUCUGCAUUAGGAGGUACGGUAGUUGCCCCAACAGAAAUUCGGUGAUUGAAAUCGUUCUCCUGAGUACUACUAGUACUG